GGCUGUAGCGAUUCUAAUGCGUUUCGGUUUGACCUACUUUACCGACGAAAUCUAUAGUCGCAAGAAGGAGUGUCUGCUUUUGAAGCGUUCAACCUCUCGCCCCCCACUCUCGCAGCCAAGCGAACUUGAUCUUCGACCAGCUAACAGCUUCGUGAACGCUCUAUUGCUACAUGUAGCCAUACCCCGUGUUUAUUUCUGAUUCAAAUUGGCUUCAGGCUAACCUGUUCUAACUAGAUUGAACCGGAUGAUUUCUGGAAACUUUUCUGGCUAGUAUCAACGAAGGGCAGACAAUCUUAACCUUAGUGGUUCACUUCCGUGUUGGCUGUAGUAUACAAUAUCCUCCGAAAAAAUUGCAAACAUGGAUCAAAUCUCAAACAUAGCAGAACUCUGUGGCUCUAUGUCUACUAGCCUAGCUCGAAGUCUCUACUAUAAUCCAAGAAUGGCGGCAAAUAGACUACUGGAGAAUUGGCUAUCCAGAAACUUCAAGGGGGAGAUAGUUGGAUCUUGGUGUAAAAAAAUAAGUGGAGUAAAAGACUGGAUAGUUUGUUCCUAUUGUAAGACCAUGGUAAACAUUACACCUGGCUAUGAAUCAUUGCGGAAGCAUGCUCUCACACAAAAGCAUAUCAAGAAAAAGAAAAAAAUAUCAACAUUAAAAGCUGCCAAGAAACACACACAUCUAGAAAGUAUUAGAAGAGACCCAACAUUGUCCUGGUGUCGACAGAUCUAUGGCUUAAAGAAUAUGGUUCUUUGCCUUUACUGUCGCAAAGCACUUCCAUCUGAUGAUCUUACUUGUCUCAGGGGACAUGCUCUAUCAGACAGACAUCAGCUAAGAACAAAACUACUGGAGCACAAAUCACUGAGAGUGAAGCCUAAGGUAACUGUCAAGCCAAGGUACCAUCCGACUGCUCCAGUAUGUGAUGAAGUCAAGUAUUCUCUGUGUUUGGAAGCAUUUCCUAACCAACUCUCAAGUCUAAGUUGUAAUGGAUUAAACUCUUCAUCAGAUGUGAAGCAGGCUGACAAACUAAGUGAGGAGUGUAAGGAAUCCAUGAGCUCUUAUACAAGUUGUUAUGUCCCUUUGAUUCCACUCUCUGUGCAAGAGUGGACUCCAAUUGCACCCAGAUCUUCCAGUUGUUUAGCUCAACCAAGGAUUAAACAAGGUAGUUCUCUUCCAGAAGUCUUCAUGUGUUUUUACUGUCAUCGGGAGUUUACUUCUACCUCUGACCUUCAGGCCCACUUAUUUAUCUGUCAAGACAUGAGAAAAUGCUGGAAACCUCCCCAGCAACCAUCGGACGUUUACAUUGAGCCUUCUGUAGAUGCCUUCAUGGCCUCCGUCAGACUUCUGCCUAAAGAGACAGCUUUGGCUAUGACCAGAGAGAGGAGCACAAAAGAGUGCGAAAGCAUUGACCUGGAGGAUGACUCACCCCAUCCGCAAAGUUUGCCCUGGACACCCAAACGUUUGUUGUCCCACCUGAGCCACGACGGAAGCAAUCUCCACACCCCAGUCAAGAGGAGACCAUCUCUGUCCUCUUAUCAAGCUCGAACUGAAUGCUUCAAAACUCCAGAGAAGGGGAAUGAGAGUGCACCAAGUCCUCAGUUCGCUGGGGCUAAAUCUCUGUACAGCAUUGACCUGACUUCAACUCUGGGUUGUUUGGUCAGGAAGCAGGUGAAAGGAGACCCUAAGCUGCAUGUGCUUUCAGAUGUAGAGAGCCAUUGCUUGACCACUGUAGAGAAAAGACAGCCUUCAUUCUAUUGCAAUCUGCGCCAGAGACCUGUCAACUUUCCUUUGACCUUUAAAGAACAUUCUUCAAAAUACUGUCAUCAGUAUAAAUUCAAUAGGAGGCAAAAGUCAGAGUUCAUUGCCUAUGUAAAUACUGGACUUAACAAAGCGAGCAGGCACUUGUUAAGGUCAAUGAAAAGGUGCAGUGUAAAACUGAACCCCUUGACAAAGGCUGACUUACAUAAGUGGAUGCCAUCAAGGAACAAUGUCAAAGUGGUUCUGAAACCACUUACCAUUGAAGAAAUUCAUUUCUGGACUAAGCCAAAAUCUAACAACCAAAUACAGGCAUCUUUUAAAUAUGUCCAACCAGAAGCCCUGUUUCCAAAGGGAUUCAGUUUAAAGGCUCCAGCCUUAACACAGGUAUUGGGUUUACAAACCAAAAGCAGACAAGGACAGAGAAAGUCCAACUACAUAUUUGUAGACAGUAUGUCAGAGAGGGACAUUAAUAAGAGUGUGUUACUUAAAAGUUUACUAUCUGAUGCAGAGACUGAAAAUGUUCCCACAACUGUAUCGCCCAUAGUACCCAGAGAAACAGGUUAUGUACCAAGUGGUUCUUCAUUACAGAUUCCUGUAGCUCAACCUUCAAAGCAGUGUGGUGGCUCCCAGGGCAAAAUGUUCUACUUACCUGAUAUAACAAAUCUAAAUGUUGACCGUGAUAAAGUGAAAACUCGCCUCUGUUUUGAGCCAUUCAAUUCAUUGGGUAACCCAAAUACUAUUCCUAGGGAUCAUUUCAAAAUCAAGCAGUUGUCGAAAUCUACAAUUAGCUUAAAUACAUUACCUAGAUCUUCAGAUAGUCUCAAAACUAUUUCCAGACCUUGUCAUCUCAAUACUUUUACAAGAUCUUCAGAUCACUUUUUAACCUUACCUUCAGGCAGCCCCAAUUCAUCAGCAACUUUUGGUCAUUCCAAUGUUCAAAAGUCCAUGAAGAAUACAGCAAUGUAUUCUGGUGUCAAGGAUGUUUGUAUUAGAAUAGCUCCUGAAGGAGAAAUGAUUCAUCCUAUCAACACAACCCCUGACAGAAAUGUCAAAAGUGGCAAGGCUUUUCAAGCCAACAAAUUAAAACGUACCAAACAUUCGCCUGACAAGGCUUUUCAAGCCAACAAAUUAAAACGUUGUACCAAACAUUCGCCUGACAAGGCUCUUCAAGCCAACAAAUUAAAACGUACCAAACAUUCGCCUGACAAGGCUCUUCAAUGUCCCAGCAUCCCUUCACCUUUUCAGAUCAAAAUAAGCUGCCACAGAGAUAACGAGCUUCCCCCACAAUAUACUUCAACCUUAGUUUGCAAACUCUAUGAUGCAGUUUUCCCCAAGAUAUCUAAACCUGUUAUGUGCAGCCCUCUGUUUCAAGAUACACUAAGCAUGAUAAAACCUCCAUCUUGCUGACAUUUGAUUGGACGAUGCGUAACUACGUUGGAUACUUGAUACAAAAGAACGUUUUUUUCAUGCCAGACUUGGAGGAUAGACCUUAAAAAAUGCACUAAAAAUCUCAGCGGUCUCCAUGCUCUGAUUUCAUUUGUUAAAAAUAUUUUGUCAAAAGCUUGUGUAUAAUUGCUCAGAAGACAAUAGAGGUUGAGCACUAUUGAUUUGAAAAAUAAACAAUUAAUUUUAUAUUAAAUAACUUCUGAGCUGGUUACAGUUAAUUCUGCUUGUAUUUAAUGUUAUUCUCUGUAUUACCAGUAUUUACUGUGAUAUGAAAGUGUGCAAGUAACUUGCUUACUUUGAGUGGAACUUAAUGUAUUUACAAUGUAAUCUUUUCUUCUUGUAAUUUUUAAAAAGAUAUUUUUUUCCACACAUAGAAUUAGAUUUUCAUUUAAAAUUUUUAAAGGUUGUCUGCUAAUAUACCGGUAAUCGGUAGUGAAAUAAUUUGCUUUAAAUGUAAUUCCAAAUAAUUGAAUGGAAUAAAUUAUAAUAUGUAUUUGUGAUGGCACAUUCUGUUAUUUACAAAGUAAAUUGAAUUCAUAGUUGCCUCAAUCAUCUUCGCCUUUCAGAAUUAUUUUUUUAUUAUUUUGUUUUGUGUGCAACCAAGGUUCUAGUUUUAUAAAUUCAUCUUGAUUCAAUGAACUUACAUUCUAGUUUGAAUGUUUUUCUUAAUUGUUCUGUAGUAACUCCACUUAGAUUCUAGUUUUAUACAAAUAUAUUUUUGAGACUUGCACAUUGACCCACCAGAUUUUUUAGUAGUUAUAGCCACCUAGGUAUAUUUAGUAUUUUUUCCUGGUGUAAGUUUAUGUUUUUAAUAUUUCAUCCACACUUCCUAUAAUUUAUUCUCCAAAAGUGUAAGGAAUUGUGGGAGUAAUCUGCUUUACAGUUUCCUGUAACCUUUCUCUUGAUAAUGUGUAUUUGACAAGAGUAGUGAUUAGGAGAAGCAUAACGAAAUUUGUUUGAAAUUUUAUUAUCUUUAUGUUCUUUACAAAUAUUUUUCAUUCAAGCUUAUCACCUUAAAGGUACUUAAAAGUAAUCAUAAAACCAUUUUUUAAAUUAUUUCUUAACAUUUUUCUUGUGUUGUCAGCACUGAACUCUACAUCUGUAACAUGUUACUUAAAUGUUUGAAGCUUUAAGUUCUACUGUUAUCAUGCUCUAUCACAUUUGUUUUGGCUGAGGCUCAUUUAGAUUGUACUUAACAUCAAUCCUUGAACUGUACUUUAAAUGGCUACAAUAACAUAUUGAUUCAUCUUGUCUUAUUUUCAAGAUACAUAAUCAUUUGCUAAGCAAAAUUUGCUAAAUUGAUUUCUUGUUUUGUUUUUAAAUCUUCUAAACUUUGUUGAUCAAGAUUGUCUGUACAACUAUUUAAUUCAUAUCUUUUGUACAAUAAUACCCCGGUCAAGUAACAUUCAGUACAUAAAAUGUGAUGUAUUUAUCAACAGUUGAUUUUGUAGUUCUUGUAUCUAUUCAGCCACUCCAUCUUACUGGACAUCUGAUCAUGUCAGUGUUAAAAUUUCGGUUAGCAUUGGAUGGGAGAGAACUGAGUACACAUUUAACUUUAUUUGCAAAAUUAUCAUUUAUUUCCCCUGACAAAAGCAACCAUUUUUUUAUUAGUUUUUUUUUUGUUUAAAUCUUGGCUUGUUUAUUGAAUUCAUCUCCAUGUUUGUUUUAUCUGCUAUGACAAAGAGCUCUGUAAAAAAAAGUCAAAUUCAACUUAGAACUAAAGUGACUUUAGAGUUUUAAUAGAUUUUAAUGGAAGUCAUUUUUUCACUUAUAUUUAGGAUGUUGCAGAAGGAAAUAUUUUUAAAGCAUGAACUUUGAUAAUUUGUCUGUAUGACAGAGAUUGAAUAAAUCAACCUCUAUAUUCUUCAUUCCAAUCCUCAUUGAAAACACAAAUUAUCAAGUCAAAUAACAAUUAGCUUUAUUCGGAAUAAUUUUAAAAAAAUAAAAAAAUUCACAACUAUUUUUCCUGAUUCCAUGGGUUACUAAACCACCACAUGACAAUAAAUCUUUUUUACUCCUCCCUACAUCAAUUAAAAACAAAUCGGUUCUAUUCUAUAGUACUCUUAGCAAAUAAAGGAUAAAUAAAGGACUGCCUAGUAUCUACAGUUAGAUGUGAAGUUAUCAUUUUGUUUUGGUAUUUCCUGAUACAUUUUUGUUUUGUUCAUCAAUUCCACUAUUUAUGUUCAAAUGUCAACUUAAAAAAGAUAUAUAUUUUAAAAUAAAAAUAGACUUUCUUUUAAAUAUGCUUUACAUUAAUGAUUAUUAAAAGAAAGUUCUAAAUUGAAAGAUGUGUUGAAGCAGUGUAGUAAUGCAACUGAAAUUUGCAAGAUUUGAAUAAAAAUGUUUUGGCUGUCCUAAGUUCCAAUAAACUAACAUUCAAUUCAA